AUAGAGACAUCUUACUAGACGCUAGUAUAAUUUUGUUCAUAUUUUUUAUAAGUACUUCAUUAUUUUUACAAAUGAAUUAUUUUGUAAGCAUUAGUCUUUUAUCAUUAUGGAUAGCAUUACUUGUAUUAGCAGAUCCAAAAUGUCCAGAAUUAAAACCUGUUACACAUUACAAUUUUACUGCUAUGACGACAGGUGUUUGGUAUGAUUUAGCUCGCUACGAGGAACCAACAAUUGAGAAGUCAUCGACUGGAAACAGGUACACAUUUGGCGCGAGGAAGGGAUCUUCAGUUUUCUUCACUGUGGACGAGCUGUUAGAUGGCAAACUAAACACCUUUAAUGGCACACUGAAAGUUGCUGAAAAUGCCGGUGAUACUGCUCAGCUCAUAUACGAUGUCAAUGAAGAAGGGGGAAUCCUAGUGUAUCUUGAUGUAAUGGCAAUCGAAUAUGAUAAGUUCCUCAUUAUGUACUAUUGCUUAUUUGACGACAAGGCACAGAAGCGUAAAGACUAUGUAUGGAUUUCCUCAAGAAAAAUUGGAGCUGAUAAGGAAAGUAUUGAUAAAAUAAAGAAUUUUAUCAACAAGGCAGGUCUAAUCGAUCCUAAAAAAUUGUUUUGGAUUAAAGACGAAGAUCAUAAGAAAGUAUCGGAACUAUUAAAGCAACAAAGUUAAAAUUGUAAAGACAUCGGCGAUCAGCCAGUAAGUAUUGAAAUAUUAA